AUGAACUUCUCGAUUCCCGAUGACUUGAAGCAAUAUCUCGCCGACCUUGACAAGUUUAUCGACGACAAGAUUACUCCUCUUCAACACAAAGACGACAAUAACCGCUUCUUCGAUCACCGCCGCGAACACGCUCGAACCGAUUGGGACAACGGCGGGCUCCCGCGCAAGGAGUGGGAGGAGUUAUUGGCAGAGUCGAGGAGACUGGCUGAUGAAGCUGGUUUCUACAGGUUGUCGCUGCCGAAACAGUACGGCGGACAAAACAGUGCCGAUGGGCGAGGAAGCAACCUCUGGAUGGCCGUGAUCCGGGAGCAUCUCGCGGCAAAGGGAUUGGGUCUGUUCAACGACUUGCAGACGGAGCAUUCGAUGGUCGGAAACUUCCCCGAUGUCAUCAUGCUCAUGAACUUUGGCAAUGAGCAGCAGAAGAGGGACUUUAUACCACUGCGGCUGGAGGGCAAGUUUAGGAUGACGUUCGGUUUGACGGAGCCUGGUCAUGGCUCAGACGCGACACACAUGGCAACCAAGGGGCGACCGGAGACGAGAGACGGUGUGAAGGGAUGGUUGCUGAACGGCUAUAAACGAUGGCAGACUGGGAUGCACCACGCGACACAUUGCUCCGUCUUUGCGCGGACAUCAGGAAAGGACGGCGAGAUAAAGGGCAUCUCGUGCUUCGUGGUACCCGUCGAUACGCCGGGUUUGAAGGCAGAGUCGUAUGAAUGGACGCUCAACAUGCCCACCGAUCACGCGACCGUGUCCAUCAAGGAUGUCUGGGUACCCGAAACCGCCGCAUUGGGUCCCAUCCACAACGGCCUCGGCGUCGCGCAAGCCUUCGUCCACGAGAACCGCAUUCGGCAAGCCGCCUCGUCGCUUGGUGCAGCCGUAUACUGUGUCCAGCAGUCGGUCGAAUACGCCAACGAACGCGCGCCCUUCGGCAUCCCACUCUCGCACAACCAGGGUAUACAAUUCCCGCUUGUAGAACUUGCGACCCAAUGCGAGAUGCUGCGACAAUUGAUACGAAAGACUGCGCUAGAGAUGGAUUCGAUGCCGCACAAUGAGAUUGAGAAGAAGAUUGGCGAUAAAGUCUCCAUGUGUAACUACUACGCCAACAGGCUGUGUACGCAGGCGGCAGACCGCGCGAUUCAGGUCCAUGGCGGUAACGGGUACUCAAGGCACUACCCGUUCGAGCACAUUUGGAGACAUCAUCGCCGAUACAGAAUCACUGAAGGUAGUGAAGAGAUUCAAAUGCGGAAGGUGGCCGCAUAUCUGUUUGGUUUCGGUGGGAGGAAGAGCCUGGUAGACGCUACAAAGGCCGAGUCGAAGCUGUAG